AUGGACAAUGAAUUUCCAAUUGGAUUGGCCCUCUUCUUUAAUGACAAUGAGUACAGCCAGGCAGCAGCUUUCUGUAGUGACUUCAACUUGGAUUGGGCAUUACAUUUCCAAGAAAAGUUAAAAGGAAUAUUGGUUUUACAUAGGAUUGAUUCAUCUAAAGAAGACGGAUCAUUUGAAAGACUGAUAAAUGACAACCACCUGACACCUAAUCUAGUUCCAAAACUUGUAGAGGUUGAUGGGACUAGUUAUCCAGUAUUUUUUGCCAAGAAGGACAUUGAUGUUGGGGAAGAAUUAACAUAUAGCUAUGGCCCAGGAGAUGGUUGUAAUUAUUUAUUGGUUGAGGAAACCUCAGAUGACUCGGAUUUCGACGAUGAUAACCUAAGUGAUAUUUUUCCGGUGCUUUGUAAUCGAGUAGUGGCCAGCUCAGAUGAGCCAGAUAGGAUAGCAUGGUCUACAGAUGAACAAACUGACAGUAACAGUGAAGGGCAUGGUGAUAAUACAAGUGGCAAAUGUACAAUCAGAGAUACUCCAUCAUCAGACAUUAUGGUUCAGUCAAUUGACAAACUGGUCCGAACAAAAAUUGAUUAUGGUAAAAUUCAUGCCUGCUUUUAUUGCGGGGAACAAGAAAAAAAGAUAUCCAGACAUCUUCAGACACAGCAUUGUGAGGAAAUGGAAAUAGCAAGCUUGCCAGAGUUGCCAGCAAAUCGGAAGAAAGGAAAUCAGGGGUUGAAAUCUGAGAAUCAGAAGCUAAUAGAGAAAUCUCGCCGAAGAAUUUUGGAUAAGGUCAGAAACAUGGGUGACUUCAAGCACAAUAUUGAAGUUAUCCAAAAGAAGAAAGGUGUUUUACUUGUCCUUUGACCUUGACCUUUGAAGAAUGAAACACAUGAUGUUGAGGACUAUGUUCCCUGCAGAUAUUGUUUAGUGUUUUUCAUAAAGAAAGAGCUUUAAUUUGGAGACAUGUAAAAUCUUGUCCAUUUUCAACAAACCCCUUGAAAGAUUUAGACCAGAAUAAUGCAGCUGGUGAGAGAAAGAGUGUUAAAGAAGGAAUGCUUUUAUUACUGGAAGCAAGGCAGGAGACAGAAACCAACAAAGACUUUUAUGAGUUCAUCAUUUUCCCAAUGCUUCAUGAUGACGUAUCCAAGUGUGUUAAGACUGAUCCUCUGAUUCAAAAACUGGGCAAAGUUUUAUUCCAUAGACUUGGAAAAGAAAGAGGUGCAGAUAUUCGGGGAAGGUUGAGAAAUCUAGCCAGGCUUUUGAUGGAAUUGAAAAAACAUGGACCAAACCAGUCACUGACUCUGGUAGAUUUCAUUAAACCAUCAGCAUUAGAUGAGUGUAUCACAGCAACACGUAACAUAUGUGGAGUAGCAGGAUCAAAAACUCUCAACGGAACACAAAAACUCCUGAAGCCAGCACUUACGUCGAAGCUUGGGGAGCUACUGAAGAAG